AUGGCGAUGCCACCCUCGCGCCCGUCCGCUAAGGCUGUGGCUGGUACGCAGUCGCCCGCAACGACGCGGGACAUGCAACGCCUCGAUCAGUACCAGACUGUCAAGAUCCUGGGCGAGGGGUCCUUCGGAAAGGUCAAGCUCGCUAUUCACCAGCCCAGCGGCCGCCAGGUCGCGCUCAAGAUUAUCUCUCGUCGCAAAUUACUCUCCAGAGAUAUGAUCGGGCGCGUCGAGCGAGAAAUCCAGUAUCUGCAAUUGCUCCGGCAUCCUCAUAUUAUCAAGCUAUACACUGUAAUUGCCACGAAGACCGAUAUCAUAAUGGUACUCGAGUACGCCGAGCGGGAACUGUUCGAUUAUCUCGUGCGCAAGGGAAAAUGCAAUGAUGACGAGGCCCGCAAGUUCUUCCAACAGAUCAUCACAGCCGUCGAGUACUGCCACCGACACAAAAUUGUGCACCGCGAUCUCAAGCCGGAGAAUCUGCUGAUCGACAGCCAGAAGAAUGUCAAAAUCGCCGAUUUCGGCCUAAGUAAUAUCAUGACAGAUGGCAAUUUCCUCAAGACUAGUUGUGGGAGCCCGAAUUAUGCUGCGCCUGAAGUCAUUUCGGGCAAAUUUGUACGCCGGUCCGGAGGUCGACGUGUGGAGUUGCGGUGUGAUUCUCUAUGUGCUGCUGAUCGCCGCAGGGAACUUCCAUAUGCCGAGUUACAUCUCGCAGGAGCUGCCCGGCUGAUCCGCGCCAUGCUUCAAGUCCACCCGGUCCAUAGAAUCACUAUCCCCGAGAUCCGCCAGGACCCUUGGUUCACUAAGAACCUCCCGAGUUACCUUUCACCUCCACCGGAAGAAUACAUGUCAUCAGGCAUUGACCCGAACAAGGCUAUCGACACCGCGAAGCUUACUGCAGGGAAGCCAGCACAACACAAGAUUCACCAGAUUGCGGUGUCGAAACUUCAACGGAGUAUGGGAUAUGAUCGUGACGACAUUGAGGAUGCGCUACGACGCCCAGAGCCCAGCGCUAUCAAAGAUGCCUUCUCCAUUGUGGUUGAGAAUGAGAUGAUGCAAACCAACUCGCCCAUCGAAGACAACUUACUCGCCUCGAAUAUUCCUCAGCAAUCGACAGGUCCAUCUCAUCCUGCAGGUAGCCGUGCACCUCCUGCACCGAAGACUCAGGCAGCUCCAGCACCACCUGUUUCACAAUCAAAUGCUUCUCGCCAUGCACCUCCAGAAGAAACCCCCCAGCCAGAUCCUGAGGAGUUCGAACCUCCUCGUCCUAGUCACGUCCGGAUUUUGCCGACCAGUGUCCCCUUCGUCCACGACCAGCUCAUGGAACAACGAGACCGAGAGCAGAAAGCUCGCUCAGAGGAACAGCGCCAAGAGCGUAUUGAGGCAGAAAAACGAGGUGAUCAACCUGGAGAGCGUACAGCUGAGGAGCAGGCCGCUAUCGCAAGAGCGUUGAAGCCUCACUCUCGUAGCAUUGUGGAUCUAGAAAAGCUGCGGCUGAUGGAGCCACCGAUUGGCUAUCCAAUUGCACAGCAACCGCCAAAGAGAUCGCGAAAGUGGCAAUUCGGUAUUCGCUCACGUAAUCAGCCUUACGAGGCGAUGCUGUACCUUUAUCGAGCUAUUGCUGCCCAGGGUGGAGUGUGGGACAUCCAGCCCGUUGAGUCAGGUACCAAUAUUGGCCCUGACGCUGCUCCUUCGCCAGAUAAACCAAAGCCACUCCAGAGCAAAUACCCUGACCUGCCGUCGGAUUACUACAUCCCUAAAGAUCCCUGGUUCAUCCGCGCCCGGCUUCUGAAAGAAGGCGUUAUGGCUCCAGGAGCAUCAACCAGUGUUGGUAACAGCCGCACCGACCUCGAAGAGCUACGUCGUCGCUUCCACAUCUCCGGCCUGAACAUUCCGUAUGAAGAGAAAGAAAAGGACAAAGACGUCAAGUCCUCGACUUCCGAAGGCACGGCCUCAGGCCCCUCGUCCGCAUCACAGCCGAGCAGUCUUUCAAAUGUCUCCCACGGCGUGUGGGUCUUCGUCGACAUCCAGCUGUACCAGCUUGAAGAGAACAACUACAUGGUCGAUUUCAAGUGCGACGGCUACCAAAAUGUGAUUCGUGCACGUGGUGACUCUGAAUGGCAUCCCAUUAGCAAGCGUCUGAAGAAUAAGGAGAAGGAGGUUACAAGCCCCUAUCCGUUCCUGGACGUGGCGUCGGAUCUGGUGGCCCAAUUGGCUGUUGCCAGCUAG